AUGCUAGACAAGAUCCUGUCUGGCGCCUACCUGCGGUUUGUGCAGCUCUACGCGGAUGCGCCGCGCAUGUCGCCGUAUCUGAUGGACGCACUGCUGGACCGCGUGCGCGCCCGCGCCCUGCGCACCUUGGCCUUCGCCUACAGCCCGCUGCCGCUGCCCCUGGACUGGGCGGCGGCGCAGCUGGGGUUCGACGGCGCGGCCGAGGCUGCUGCGUGGCUGCGCAGCCGCGGCGCGGCGGUGGACGAGGGGCGGGGGCAGCUGCUGACGCGGGAGUCGCGGUUGGUGGGGUAG